AUGUUAGAAAAGGGGGUGGUCCGAGAAAUCAAUAAGGUUAUCGUGAGUGUGGAAUUUUCCAGCGGGAUCCAAGGUGUUCAAAAGGCGUGUGAGGCCUUUAAGCUUGAAAAAGGGAAACAGUUGGCAGGUUGUUCUACAACUUUUGGUGAACCUGAAUCCCCGAAUCUUGACCAUGUCUUAAGAGGAGCCGAAGAGGUGGAUAUUACCCUUUCUUCCAUUGCUGAGACAGAUUUUGCAGGUCACUUUCAUCUGGGGGAGCUGGAAUAUGAUAGCUUCCGCCAGUUUUGUCGUAGGUUGGGUCCAGGAAGCUUUUCCUUGGGCUCUAGGGAUUGA